CUGUCUUCUAGCCGCGCGCCUUCUCCGACGUGUCAGGGGGCCCUAGAACUAGAAGGCCGCGCGUGCGCAUGCGCGAGCGAGACUUCGGAACCGCGGCCUGGGAAACUGAUGCAGCAGCAGCAGCAGCGUCGAUGAAUGAAGUUCUCUGAAUCAAAAGGUGGACCACCAGCAGCUCUUGAUCUUCGUCCAAAACCCAUCUGCAGAUGAUCUCUACGAGAGCAAUCUGUCAUUUCCCCAGCAGCCCAUUAGGCUUCCUUUGUCUCUGCUGGCAAUGUCUAUGAUCUUGUCUGCCUCAGUAGUCCGUGUGAGAGAUGGACUCCCUCUGUCUGCUUCUACUGAUUAUGAGCAAAGUGCUGGUGUGCAAGAGUGCAGAAAAUACUUCAAAACUCUUGCAAAGAGGCUUUCUCAACUUCCUGAUAGAUGUACGCUGCAAGCAGGACAGUAUAACAUAAAUUUUAUUAGUUCGCUGGGAGUGAGUUACAUGAUGCUCUGCACUGAAAAUUAUCCCAGUGUCCUGGCCUUCUGCUUCUUGGAUGAGCUUCAGAAGGAGUACAUUUCCACCUACAACAUGAUGAAGACGAAUACAGCAGUUAGACCUUACUGUUUCAUUGAGUUUGAUAAUUUCAUUCAGAGGACUAAGCAAAGAUACAAUAAUCCACGAUCUCUUUCAACAAAAAUAAACCUUGCUGAUAUGCAGACAGAAAUCAGACUGAGACCACCGUAUCAAAUUUCUUUAUCUGACUUGGGCUCAGCCAACGGAUAUGCACAUAUCUCUCUUCCAGAAUACAAAGGUACUGGGAAGAUAUCUACAGCCCCUCACCAGCGAUUGGAACCUGUAACGCUGCCAGGAAUUGUUUCCUUUGUACUCAGUCUUUUAUGUGGAGCUUUGAACUUAAUUCGCGGUUUUCAUGCUAUAGAAAGUCUUCUGCAGGAGGACCGAGAAGACUUCAGCUACAUAAUUGCCUUUUUUCUUGGCACUGCAGCUUGUUUGUAUCAGUUGGAGGGACCACAUUUUUCUUCCUACACAAGAAUAAUUAUAAGCUGUUUGAUGACAAGGAAGCUAAUUUUCUGGUGCCUGUAUAAAGAAGAGAGAGGGAAACAACCCACAGCAAAGUCUGAGUUGCUUCUUUCCAUUUAUCCCCUGGACAGAAAGUAGGAUAGAAGUAAUGGACUAUUUUGGUGGUGAGGAAGAGCUGCGAUCAAAUACAUUGGGAAACUAUGGCAGAAGGACACAGCAAAAAGUUGUGAGAUGCUUUGCAACAUCUGGUAACUGAAGAUUCUAAUGUGUUAGUGUAACAGUUUUUGGUGCUACAGUUGAAUCACAGAAAAAUAUCACCCUGGUAAAGAGAAAAUGUAAAUUAUGCAUAAUAUUGGGAGACCGAUUCUCUUGCUACCUAUUUCUUCCAAAAGGCUUUAGAACACAGUAACAAGUGUCUGCCUAAUCAGAUUCCUAUUAAGCUCUGAAAUAAAUCAAGGUAUGGAUAAUAGCAGGUUCUUACUGGAUGUUGUCCCUCAGAAAUUUGUCAUACUAUCAAGUGUCAAUGUUUGCAUUUUUAUUCUGCUUGAAGGAGGGCAGCAACUAGCACCUAUCCACUCACCAAGAUACAUAGUAUUUACAGUUGACUUUCC